UGGUGAUGGCAGCCGUAGAGGAAAGUGAACUCUGCUUUCCACACUUGCUCAACGCCUCCUGUAUCAAGCCACGGCAGUCUCACUUUGACAACCCGAUGGUCCCAAUUCUGCUGUACUCCCUCAUGCUGCUCACCAUGGCGCUUAACCUGUUGGUCAUCAUCUCCAUCUCCCACUUCAAGCAGCUCCACACUCCUACCAACCUCCUCAUCCUCUCCCUGGCUUUCUCAGAUUUCUUCGUGGGCAUCAUCGCAUGCUCUCACAUUCAAAUGUCAAACAACUGCUGGGUUUUCAGCGACAUCAUCUGCCUCCUGGACAGCUGGCUCAGCCUCACCAUUACCUCUUGCUCCAUCGGCAACAUCGUGCUCAUAUCGGUCGACCGCUAUGUGGCCAUUUGUGACCCACUGCAUUACACAAACAAAAUCACAGUGAGGGGAGUGCAAAUCUGCACGUCGCUCUGCUGGCUCCUUUCUUUCCUCUACAACAGCUUGAUCAUGUGGGAUAACUUCAGUCUUCCAAACGGGUUCAUUCCCUGCAUUGGCAGCUGUGUCCUUUUCCUCAAUUCCAUCAUAGGAUUAAUUGACUUUGUUGUGUCCUUCUCUGGUCCUGUCACGGUCAUCAUUGUUCUGUACAUGAGAGUAUUUGUGGUGGCUGUGUCUCAUGCUCGUGCCAUGCGUUCCCACGUCAUGCAGCGACGCACAGAGAUGGUGCUCGUCAAGAAGUCGGAGCUGAAAGCAGCCAAGACUCUCGGUGUUGUUGUGGUCGUGUUUCUUUUGUGUCUGUUCCCGUCUUACGGCUUUAAUUUUUCACAGCAGGGUGGCGCAGCUAAUAUUUCAAAGGUGUCCUUUGAGAUCUGGCUGUUCUUUUUUAACUCUUGUGUGAACCCGCUGAUUUAUGCCUUUUACUACCCCUGGUUUAUGAAAUCUGUCAAGAUCAUCGUUACAUUUAAGGUCUUUAAGCCUGACUCGUGUGAGGCCAGACUCUUGUAG